UUAGCGGAAAGUAUUAUAAAAAUCGAAGAGAUCAAAGAAGAGCCAGUGGACAAGAAAGAAGACUGUUGCUGGAAUUCCAUUGUCAAAGAGGAACCCAGUGCUUUGCAGCAUUCAAUAAUAGAUGAUGAUACAGAUGAAGAGUUGGAGCCUCCAGAAGCUGUGUUUGUUUACCCAGUGGAAAAGCAAGAAGAAACCUUUAUUGAAGGAACAAAGGGAAUAUUUGGCAUACUGGUGUUUGUAAUUAAGCAUUCCACAGACAGAUUCAAUCCUCAAAGAAUUGAAAGACACCAAAAUAAUUUCAGAAAUAAUAGCAAUGAUUUGGCCCUUAAUCCCCAGUACUUGUCCAAUAGUUAG